UCUAUUUAGUGGAGCAAAUGUGAACAUCCACCACCAUACCCUGUGCAGUUAAAUUGGCCAUUUUCCUUUCCACGAUCCUUCUUGGGAGUUACCGAUAUACAUUAUGAACUUCCUUCGUAGGAAAAGCCCCACCAGACAGCUCCUCCCUUCCAUUCCACCCACCGCCAUGUCCGCCGAAGACUCUUGCCGGAGAAACAGAGCACCCCUGCCCCUCCUCCUCUGCCUCCUCUGCCUCUUCCUCCCCUUCUCCUCCGCCGACGAGCUUGCCAUCCUCCUCAACCUCACCGCCACCCUCCAGUCCCCGGACUCCUCUGUUUUCGCCUCAUGGGCACCCGACAAGCCCCUCUGCAGCUUCGCGGGCGUCACCUGCAACUCCAACGGCUCAGUCCACGAACUAAACCUCUCGAGCAAGCAGUUAUCUGGCGAGCUCCCGUUGGAUUCCAUCUGCGAGCUCAAGUUGUUGGAGAAGCUGGCGUUUGGGUUCAAUUCCCUGCACGGAACCUUAUCGGGUGGAUUGAAUAACUGCGCCAGGCUACGGUAUUUGGACUUGGGCAACAACCGGUUCACCGGACCGUUCCCAGACAUAUCCUCUCUGGUCGAGCUUCGGUACCUGUACCUGAACAGCAGCGGGUUUUCCGGCAGCUUUCCAUGGAACUCCCUCAAGGGCAUGACUAACCUCAUUUCCUUGAGCAUCGGAGACAACCCUUUUGAUAGUUCUCCGUUCCCGGAACAAAUCCUCGGCCUUCGCGAAUUGAACUGGCUGUACAUGUCGAAUUGCAGUAUCGGUGGUGAAAUCCCACCUGCGAUUGGAGGACUCACGAAGCUCAUCGACCUCGAGCUCUCUGACAAUAACAUCACCGGUAGACUUCCACGGGAAAUAGGGAACUUGAUAAAUCUGUGGCAGCUCGAGCUCUACAACAAUAGCCUGACCGGAAAGCUUCCUGUCGGCCUGAGAAACCUCACCAAAUUGCAGAACUUCGAUGCAUCAAUGAACUACUUAGAGGGUGAUUUGUCCGAGUUGAGGUUCUUGAACAACCUUGUCUCUCUACAGCUUUUCAUGAAUGGUUUCUCUGGUGAAGUCCCGACUGAGUUCGGGGAGUUUCGGAAGCUCGUGAAUUUGUCCCUCUACACAAACAAGUUGACGGGACCGCUGCCCGCAAAGCUCGGAUCAUGGGCGAAGUUCGAUUUCAUAGACGUGUCAGAUAAUUUGUUGACGGGUCCAAUCCCGCCGGAUAUGUGUGAGCAAGGGACGAUGACAGAGCUUCUCAUGCUCCAGAACAAGUUCACGGGGGAGAUUCCGGAGACUUACGGGAACUGUCCGACCCUCACUCGGUUCCGGGUCAGCAACAAUUCUCUCUCGGGCAGUGUUCCUCCGGGCAUCUGGGGAUUACCUGCCCUGAACAUCAUCGAUGUCACGAUGAAUCAGCUCGAGGGCCCUGUCACAGCAGACAUAGAAAAUGCGAGAUCUCUCGGGCAGUUAUUCAUAUCGAACAACCGGUUCUCCGGCCAGCUGCCCAAGGAGAUCUCAAAGGCGGGUUCUUUGGUUACAAUCGACUUGAGUAACAACCAAUUCUCUGGUGACAUCCCUUCGACAAUUGGUGAACUGAAGAACCUGGGAUCUCUUCACUUGGAGAACAAUCAGUUCUCCGGCUCUAUACCGGAGUCACUGGGCUCUUGCGGGUCCCUCAGCGAAGUGAACAUGGCCCAGAAUUUACUCAAUGGCAAAAUUCCACUAUCGUUGGGAUCAUUGCCAGUGAUGAACUCCCUGAACUUGUCCGACAACAAGCUCUCGGGUCGAAUUCCAUCGACUCUGUCUUCUCUCAGGCUCAGCCUACUUGACCUGUCCAACAACAGGUUGACGGGUCAAAUCCCACAGUCUCUAUCAAUCGAAGCAUAUAAUGGAAGCUUCUCCGGUAACCCAGGGCUCUGCAGCGCGGCCAUCAGUUCAUUCAGUCGAUGCCCUUCGAGUACCCGAAUGCCUAAAGAUAUUCAAACUCUCGUAGUCUGCUUAAUAGUCGGGAUUGUCUUCUUGCUGAUGUUGCUCGGAAUCUUCCUCUACAAGCACAGGAGAGACGAAAAGCACGAAGAUUACUCAUUGAAAGAUGAAUCGUGGGACGUGAAAUCAUUCAGGGUACUGAGCUUUACUGAGGAUGAGAUUCUUGAUUCCAUCAAGCAGGAGAAUCUCAUUGGCAAGGGUGCUUCAGGAAAUGUUUAUAAGGUAGUAUUAGUAAAUGGCAAGGAGCUAGCCGUGAAACACAUAUGGAAUGCGGGCCCGGGCUCUGGCAGGCCAAGAAAGGGUCGGGGCACGACUGCACCAAUGCUCGGUCGGGCCAACAAGUCGAAGGAGUUUGAGUCCGAGGUGCAGACUCUCAGCUCAAUCCGGCACGUGAAUGUUGUCAAGCUCUAUUGCAGCAUCACGAGCGACGACUCGAGCCUGCUGGUAUACGAGUACCUGCCCAAUGGGAGCCUGUGGGACAAACUCCACACAGGCGGGAAGACAGAGCUCGAUUGGCAUGCAAGGUAUGAGGUCGCGCUCGGGGCCGCCAAGGGACUCGAGUACCUCCACCACGGGUAUGAGAGGCCCGUGAUCCACCGGGACGUCAAGUCUAGUAACAUAUUACUGGAUGAGUUCUUGAAGCCCAGAAUUGCUGACUUCGGGCUAGCCAAGAUCGUUCAGACUGAUAGCACGAAGGACUCGACCAAACUUAUUGCCGGGACCCAUGGAUAUAUUGCUCCUGAAUACGGGUACUCGUACAAAGUGAACGAGAAGAGCGACGUGUACAGUUUCGGGGUGGUCCUGAUGGAACUGGUGACGGGCAAGCAACCCAUAGAGCCCGAAUUCGGGGAGAAGGACGACAUCGUGAACUGGGUGUCUAGUCAGCUCAAGACUCGGGAGACCAUACUGGGCCUCGUGGACUCGAGGAUCCCGGAGACCAUGAGGGAUGAUGCCGUGAAGGUGCUAAGGAUUGCGAUCCUCUGCACGGCGGCCCUGCCAGCUCAGAGGCCGACCAUGAGGAGUGUGGUCCACAUGCUGGAGGAUGCCGAUCCAUGUAAGCUGGUUCGCAUCAUCAUCGAGAAAGACGGAAGUGGUAAAGCCGCUUCACUGGGAAGCUGAUUAAACCGGAAGUCUAAGCUUUCGGUCAGCUGUUUAGAACCUCGGAAGUCGAUUACGCAGUAGUAGAUAGUUCGUAUCGGCAAUAACUCUGCAGGAGCUAAGGUUUUGUUUAGUGUGUCUAAGAGCCCUAAAGGGACUCUGUAGUUUAUCUUCUAAGAUAUCCGUGAGCUUUUUCCAUGAAAAAAAUGAGGGAAAAUGGCAUGUACAGUAUUUUAUGGGCAUCGCCUGCAUAGAGAACAUGGAAUUUAUCGCUCCAUUCUCUUCUUUGUAGCUACGCUGAGAAUAAUUGGGGAUGGGGGGACAGCAAUGUGAACAAUGCAAAUUGCCCGUCUACCAAUUUUUUUCAAUUAUAGGAGAGGUAAAAAAUAAAA